AAGCGUGUGUGCGCAUGUAAGGUGCGCACCGAUUGGUGAGAGUGACAGAGUUUCCUUUUACUCAGUGACAGAAAUCUAAGAGGAUGCCUGCACGAUUUGAAUUGGCCGUCGGCCUCAACCGAGGACACAAAACCACGAAAAUUCGUGUUGCAAAAAAUAAAAAUGAGAAGGAAAGAACUGUUGCAGUGAGACCUUCGCGUUUUAAGGGGCGUCAAACAAAACACACCAAAUUCCAACGUGAUUUGGUUCGUGAAGUAACUGGUCAUGCUCCCUACGAGAAGCGCGCUAUGGAGUUGUUGAAAGUCUCCAAGGAUAAGCGUGCUCUUAAAUUCUUGAAGAGAAGGUUGGGAACACACAUCAGAGCCAAGAGGAAGCGUGAAGAAUUGGGUAACAUUCUUGUACAAAUCAGAAAGGCUGGACAUCACUAAGCCUUGUGUUAUUUCGAAAAGUAAUGCAAAAAUCUUAAUAAAUAAUAUCUUGGUAUUUACUUGAA